AUGGCUAAUGCCUCCCCAGACCUGGACAACGCCGAAGCCCAGCGCCAGCUCAACAACAACAACCGACCAGUCGGCUCGGGGUUCUGGGAGACGGAGUGCACAAGCUCCAAGCUGUUCGAGUGUUCCCGGAUCAAGGCUCUGGCAGAUGAAAGAGAUGCAGUGCAGAAGAAAACUUUCACAAAGUGGGUCAACUCCCACCUGGCCAGAGUGUCCUGUCGCAUCUCAGACCUUUACAAUGACCUGAGGGACGGAUACAUGCUCACCAGACUGCUGGAAGUCCUCAGUGGAGAGCUGCUGCCAAGACCUACCAGGGGUCGCAUGCGGAUCCACAGCCUGGAAAACGUCGACAAAGCCCUGCAGUUCCUUAAAGAGCAGAGGGUUCACCUGGAAAAUGUCGGUUCUCACGACAUCGUGGACGGAAACCACCGCCUCACGCUGGGGCUUAUCUGGACGAUUAUUCUACGCUUCCAGGAGGGCCUGAAUAAUGCUGUGUACCCAGGCAGCAGUGGAGUGAAGAGGUGA